UUUAAAUGAAAAAAAAUCUUGCCUGCGUUUAUUAGUUAUGAACAUUUCAAAGAUUUAUUGAAUCUUUUAUUUACACAUGACGAAAUAAGAUCGAGUUUUGAUUGGUCAAAUUUGUUAAACACGUGGGUAAGCCGCUACUUGAAAUUCAUCAACUAUAAAAUCUGCUACGCUAUAAAAAAGUAUUCACAACUCGUGGGUUAAUCAGAAGAAGUGGCUACUAAGAUCGUAGAAGAAAUAAAAUAUUUUCUUGCUCAGAAAUAAAAAGGAUAAAAUUAUUAAGGGUAAAAUAAAAUUUAAGAACAUGGAGAAAUUUCUGAAGGAACCUCUGUUUUCAAUAACACUUGAACCAGCAAGAAGCUUUUACCAUGCUGGAGAUGUUAUUAAAGGCUAUGUAACAGUCGACUUGCAAUGCAAAUUUUCAUUUACAAAUAUCAUUAUAAAGUGUCAGGGAAAAGAUAUAGUUCGAACGAACUGUGAUAAAAGAACAUUGAAUAUGCUAUGUCAUGUACACAACGCAUUAAAACUAGAACAAAUCAUACUUCCGAAAAAGGAAGACAAAAUGGUUCAUAAGUUAAAAUAUCCAUUUGAGUUUUCUUUACCUGAAAAUUUGCCUUCUACGUGGUUAAGUACGGAUGAGUCAGGAGUUAUGGAUAUUGAAUAUUGUGUCAAGGCAAAGUUGAAUGGCUUAACAACUCCGACUGCUGUUCAGUCUUGUACAUUGCGAGUAAGAACCCCAUUUACAGUGCACGAAGUUCCAGAAUACGACUUAUACAAAGACGAAAUUUUUACAAUGAAUCUUGCAACGAGAUCAAGAUUUUGCGUGCCCUCCAGCGUCAACGGAAUGGUUUCAUUAAAAGCAAAAGUACUGAAGCCGAUUAUGAUAGCUGGAGGUAACAUUGAUGUGGAAGUCGAAGUGAAAAAUGAGAGCAAAAAUGAAUUCUUUUUACUUUUUGGAUUUUCUCGCUGCAUAAAAUGUCGUAGCAAUGGUUCAAAGUUCAUCGGUCCGCUAAAUCUGACUCGACCACAAAGAGAAUGUCUUUACAUCAAGAAGAAGUCAUAUGUGGAAACAGUGCUCACUAUUCCUACAACACAUCUUGCGAAUUUUGCCAUGCAACCUUCGAUUUGUCGUAGCAUACAAUCUUCAGUAAAGGACCACGUCUUUCUUGCAUUUGGAAAAGCUGGAGGAAAAAAAGUGCUAAAAGAAAUUCGUUUGCCAGUAUAUAUAUUCUCCUCUGGUUUCGAAAAGGAAGAACUAACAAAAGCUAGUAUGCCCAUGGAAUUAAAUACAGAACGAAGGUUUCAGAGGAAUAAAAAAAGCAGGGAAAAAGAAAUUUUAGAGAAUGAAAAAGUACCAACCAGUGUUAUUGCCGAAGAAAGCGAUUUGCUGGUGCAAGUUGGCAGCGAGCUGAAUGAUAAACCAAUUCUAAUAGAUAAUGAAGCUGAUUUUGUUAGACACGAUAAUAAGGUAUUUGUCACAACAUCUAGAGACAUAGAAACAGAUGAUGAAGGAUAUGUUGAAAUAAAUUACGAGCAUAUAGAAGUUUCAAGUGAAGGUAAUGAAUAUAACGAAGAAGAGACACAAAGCGCAGUUGUCAGCAACGAAGACAAUAAGUUGAAAGAACAGCAAAAGUUUAUGGAUCUCAUUCAUUCAGACGACGAUAUCAGCCAAAAUAAACAAAAUGAAGGUGCAAAUAAGACAAUGCCGUUAGACAGUGACACUAACACAUCAACAUCACUGAAAUUGAUAGCUGCUUUUGCUGUUGCAACAGGCGCAGCUUUCAUGCAAAGAAGGUGAAAGUGAACACGUUUAAAAAUGAUAUGUUGUAACUACGUUAUAUGUUGUCUGUAAUGUUACCAUUUUGGCGCGAAAUUAUGAAAUUAGAUUAUUAAAACAUUUAUAUUCAUUGUAUUGUUUUGUUAAGUAGUGCGCGUCAUACUUUAUGCAAGAGGAACCGUUGGGUGCGACGCGGGAGAGAAAAUUAAUAAAUUUCAUUAUCUAGAAAA